UCCAAGUUGUUGGAAGAAUUGGUGCUUAAUAUGCACAGUUUUGCUGCCAUAAAAGUUCCAACCAAUUAUGUUUCCUUAGGAUGCCUAAAAUCAUUGAAGUUAGUUGGGAUUAGAUUCACCCUUGACUACAAAUAUUCAAAGGAUUUGACUUUUGAUUUCCCAGUUCUUCAAAAUUUUGAGGUAGUGAGUUGCACUUGGUUACAUGCAAUUCGUGUUACUUUCAAAAUGCCUCUACUUGAAAGCUUUUUCAUGAAACAAGAAGCUGAAUCUGCAUCUUAUAAGCCAAGUAGCUGCCCGAUCUAUGUUUCUGCUUCACAUUUGAAAAGAUUCAGAUACUGUGCUUAUGGUUUUAUAUCACAGUGUAUUACACUGGUAGAUCCACUGUCUGCUCAUAAUGCUUUUGCUGAUAUCACUCUGUGGAAAUGUGAGAAGGACACACAAACAGGACUUCAUGCUUUUCUACUUCUCAAACAAUUAAAUCAAGUGAAGUAUAUCAAAUUUGAGGGUUCUGAGGUUUUGCCACCAUCAACAGGGCCAAUAUUUCCUUCAUUUGGAAUGUUGAAGCAUCUGGAGCUUGGCUUAGUUGCUGGUGAAAUUUUGUUGGGCAUACUUCUCAAGUCACCAAUUCUCAAGACUUUAAUUUUAAAGGGACUAAAAUCUAAAUUUGACAAAGAGCUUUUUAGCUCUGCUGAUGUGCCUGAGUGUUUGCAAAAUACCUUGGAGGUUGUGAAAUUCGGAGAAGUACAUGGACUUGAGCAUGAGUUGUGGUUAGCUAAAUUUGUGAUGGAAAAUGGUUUGGUCUUGAAGAGGAUGAGUUUCUCUGUUCCUCCCUGGUUAGGCAAUUUUAAUGCCAUUGAAGAAUUUAAAGAGAAGCUAUUCUCUUUCAAGAAACCUUUUAGUUUUGCUUUUGUUGAAUUCUCAUCUCUUCGAGGUGUUAGAUAAGUUUGUAAUUACAUUUUGGUUUAGUUUCUAUGGUAAGGUACUUCAUUAAAGCACACGUGUUAUUAGUGCUAUGUCUA